GUCUUUGUUUCAUAAGGGACUGAAGAGAAGCUCCAGCAAACACCAUCCAUGGGCCUGACACACUCGCACCCCCAGCUGUUCCCAGGCGACAUCGUGGAGUACCCCAGGAACAAGUACUUCUCCCACUUCGCCGUGUACUACGGCGAGAGGGACGGCGUUCCCUACGUCGCCCACCUGACGUGUCGAGAUUCAGACUCCAAGCUGCUGCUCUUUGGCCGAGCCCUGAGGUCAGAGGUCAAGCUGGAUCCGCUGGCGCUGCUGGGGACCAAGUACAAGGUCAGCAACAUGCUGGACGACUCGCUGUCGGCCCGAGACUUCUACAGCGCCGUGAAGCCCGACAUUGACGAGCUGAUUGGGCGCCAGCUCACCUUCGACAUCCUGUUUCACAACAGCGAGCACCAGGCCACGCUCCUCAGAUACGGGGUGAAGAAGUCUCAGCAGAUAGAGAAAAUCUACGAGCACAUCCAGCCGGCCUGGAAGAAGCUGUUUAAGGAGAAGAAGCUGUGAAAAAACUUCUCCUCCUGAUCACCAGGGGGCCACGUUAAUCCCCAGGAGAGGAUUUAAUGUGUUUUCACUUGACAGAAUGGUUUAAAUGGUGGGGGGGAAAAAACGUCAGUAUGUAAGAACAUGUCAUGGAAAAGUGAAAAAAGCUCAAAUGUCAUGGCCAAAAAGUCAAGUUACACAUGUACAGUUACCUUUGGUGCUUUUUUCAUUAGUGUUUAAAGUACAGCAUAAGAAAAUUUGGUACUCUUUUUCUACCUAAUCAAAGACCCCAAAAUGCUUGACAUGUCAGUGUACGUCUGCUUUUGUCAGAGGGGCAUCGAACUGUUCCCUUUAAAUGUAACGUGUCCGUCAAAUGACGUCGUCUUUGUGCAAAGAUAAAGCUAAAGCAUACUGGAAUAUCUAAAUAAAUAAUAUU